UCCAACAGAAUAAUUGAGGGAAGACCUCUCUUCCUAUUUCACUAUUUCCUAUUUCACUAGCCUCAGAUUACCUCUCUUCCUCUUUUCAUGGAGUUUGCCAGCAGCAUUGCAGAGAACGUCUUGGAUAGGCUAGCUUCACAUGCUUCCCAAGAGAUCUCCUUGGCAUGGGGUGCCCAACUUGAGCUCACCAAGCUCGACAACACCUUAUCUACCAUCAAACUAGUGCUCGAGGAUGCAGAGAAGAAGCAAGUGAGAAAUCCCCUAAUCACUCGUUGGUUGGGAAAUCUCAAAGAUGUUUGCCAUGACGUUGAUGAUGUCUUGGACAAACUAGACUUCCAAAAGUUGCGGUUGAAAGUGGAGGUCGACAACUGUGGGAAGAUCAAAGGAAAGGUACGCCAAUUUUUUUCCCGUUGGAAUCCAGUACUGUUUAACUUCAGAAUGGGACAUAAAGUGAAAGAGAUUAGAGAAAGACUGGUUGAAAUUGAUAAUGAAAAGAGAGAGUUUGGUCUAAUUGAGGUUGAUAAGAUAGUUGAAGAUCAUCGUGCGCCCCAAGGGAUGCACGAUAAUGAAAGAGAGACUGACUCUUUACUGGAGGCUACAGAUGUUAUUGGGAGAGAUAAUGAUAAAAAACAGAUUAUUAGCCAUCUCUUAAAUAACAGUGAUAUCUCUAGUGAGGAGAAUGUUUAUGUUAUUUCCAUCCUUGGGUUAGGGGGGUUGGGAAAGACAACUCUUUCUAAAUUAGUGUAUAAUGAUAGGAUGGUAGAGGAGAAUUUUCAGAUGAAAAUGUGGGUAUGUGUUUCAGAAAACUUUGAUAUCCGAACAUUAAUUCGUGGCAUUAUCAAUGCUGCAAUUGGACAAAAAUGUGAGGAUGAAAGUUUGGACCUUAUGAAAAAAAGGUUGCAAAAUACUUUUAGAGAUAGAAAGUUUUUGUUAGUGUUGGAUGAUGUCUGGGAUACGGAGUUGAUUGGAAUAACGAUUGAAAAAUGGAAUGAUCUAAAAGGCUUGUUAAAUGUGGGAGCUAAUGGAAGUAAAAUCAUCAUAACAACACGACAUGGAUCAGUUGCUUCACUUGUGAAUCCCGUAUACAUGCACCCCUUAGAAGGUCUUCCCCACAAAGACUGCAUCUCCUUGUUCAUCAAAAGGGCAUUUAAAAGAGGAGGAGAGGAGCAGCGCUAUCAACAUUUGAUAGAAAUUGGUGAGGAUAUUGUGAAGAAGUGUGGAGGAGUUCCUUUAGCAGUAGCUACUGUAGGGAGCAUGCUCUAUUUGAAUAGAGAGCGACACCAUUGGUUGCGUGUCAGAGAUGAUGAUAUGUGGAGUAUAGGAAAUGACAAUAUUUUAUCUGCACUCAAAUUGAGCUACGAUGCAUUGCCACGACACUUGAAACCAUGUUUUGCAUUUUGUUCACUUUUCCCGAAGGAUUAUGAAUUCAAUAGUGAAAUGUUGAUUCCAUUGUGGAUGGCACAAGGCUACCUCAAGACAUCUAAGAAAAAUGAAGAUUUGGAUCAGAUGGGUAUAGACUAUAUAAGGCAGUGUUGCUCUAGGUCUUUGUUUCAAGUUGAUAUGGAUCUCAAAACAUUUAUAAGUUUUAAAAUACAUGAUCUACUACAUGAUUUAGCGAUUUUGGUGGCACAAGUAGAGUACUCCACAGUCAAUUUCCGUCCUUCUAGUGCUUUUGAAAUGGUUCGACAUAUGUCAAUAUCCAAAAAGGACUUGCUUGGAGAAGAGGCACAAGUUCCCGAUUUCAUGCUCAAGUCAAAGAAAUUGCGAACCAUUCGAAUUACUAGAGAUGGCGAGAUGAAUCAACAUUUUGUGAAGACAUGCAUCUCGAGGUUCAAAUAUAUGCGGGUGUUAGAUAUCGGUGGGUCGCCUCUCGAGCAGCUACCAAGUUCCAUUGGUAGUUUGUUUCAUUUGAGAUUCCUCGACUUGUCUGGUAAUAGGAAUAUAAAAAGGCUUCCCAAUUCCAUCAGUAAGCUACUGAAUAUGGAGACCUUGUCCCUUGAGAAUUGCGACGCACUUGAGGAGAUACCCAAGGACAUAGGGAACCUGAUUAACCUACGAAGCUUGACGAUAACAACCCAACAGACCUAUUUGCCAAAAGGAAUUAGACGCCUCACCUCACUUCAAUCUUUAAGUUUUGUUGGAUGUGUCAAUCUUAAAUCUUUGGGCGAAGAGAUCCAAUUCCUCAACAACCUUCGUAAACUGGCGAUUUGCAGUUGUGAUAAGUUGGAAUCCCUGCCACCAAAUAUGAAACACAUGACUGCUUUAGAUACUUUGGGUGUCGGUGAUUGCGAGAAGCUUCAGUUGAUGAGAUCAGGGGAAGGUCCUCGAGGUCUUCGAUCAUUGAUUAUCGAGAAUUCAAGUUUGGAGGCUUUGCCCCCUUGGCUCAUUGAAGAUUCUGCAGACACUCUACAGAGCAUAUAUCUUGGUGGAUGUCAUAAUCUCACGGCACUACCGGAGUUGAUAAAGUUCACAUUCCUCGAGGAACUACACAUUGAAGUAUGCUCCAAAUUGUCGGCUUUGCUGCCGCAAGGUUUGCAUUGCCUUACUGAGUUGAAAGAAUUGAAGAUUAUUGGUUGUCCUGAAUUGAGCAAAAGCUGCAAAAGGCAAUUAAAGGGUGAGGAGUGGUCAAAGAUGGCACGUCAGGUGAAGAUUACACUCGACGACUCUGAUGAUGAAGCCGACAAUCGCUUGGCCGACGGUAGGAUCGCGUACCUCACUUUGAGACGACGCCGUUAGUGACCUCAAUUCCUCGUCUCCAGUAUCCCUGCUGGGUUUGGAAUCAGGUCAGAGGAAGAAGAAGGUCGCUAGCUAAAAGUUGUACUCUGUGGAGAGCUUCAGGUGGCUCAAGGAGACCUGUGAUAGAGUGGUCUAUGCCCGCUUGCAUUGGGUGAGUUUUUUGGGGUACAGCAGCCGACUGCAUUGUAACUACUGGAUUUUCGAAAGCAUUGGAGUUGAAUUAGAAUUUACCUGAUUUCAGGAAAGAGAUCCAUCUACUGAUUCCAGACGGAGAUGCUGGAUUUAUUUCUUUGGAGAACCUCUUGUUUUUAGCAAAUUUAUUUUCGACAUCUUUCCAAUGCCUAUUGAACAAGCAAGGAGGAAAACUAGCUGCUUGGGAAUAUCCAUUUGUUCCAAUCAGGGUGCUUCAAAAUGAAGAAGUCCUGCACUGCUGUAUUGUUCGAGCUUGGAGUAGCUUGGAUUGGUCAAAGAUGGCAUGUCAGGCGAAGAUUACACUCGACUCUUAUGUGGAUACUGAUGAUGAAGAAGACGAUGAUGAAGGUACACCAAUGAUCGACUGAAGAUGAAGAAGAUGAAGGUCAAGAAGGAGCUUUCAAUGACAAUACCAAAUCAACUGAUACCUAGGCUUUACAGCUAAAGCAUGCGUGCCACCAUUGGAGGUGCUUCAAAAUGAAGAAGUCCUGCACUGCUGUAUUAUUUACUUGUUUUACGCUUGGAUCAUGUUCGAGCUUGGAAUUAGAGAGAUGUUGAUGAACUCAAAAGUUGUGUGAUAAAGCAUGAGAUUGUUCGAGUAGCUUCAUUUGUGAUGGUGUGAUUUUACUGUAUGAUAAGGCAUAAGCAAGAAUGUUUCAAAAAACUUGAGAAAUGUAUAGUCGAAUUUGAAGCUGAUCAAACUUUCAAUUAUUAUAAUCAUCUGUGGAAGGCAGCCAAGCUUUGAAGCGAAAGACAUCCACUUUUGAGAUGGUUAUUCCCGGCAUAGGCCAUGUUUGUGAGGAUGCUCCGUUGGCAGAGCCGAUUGAGGACUGAUAUAGAGGCGUUUAUGUCAAUUUACCGGUCGUAGUGUUUAAAUGCUGAGGUUGUUUAUAUCAAUUUACCGGUCGUAGUGUUUAAAUGGUGAUCAACAGUAUUGAGGUGAUGGAUGUUGCUAACCAUUUAUAGGCUAACUUGUUUUGACACUU